AUGCUUUCUGGUGUAGUAACAGCUGCUGGGAAUAAGAGGAUAAAGGAGGCGCUUGGGAAACCAGAUGUCAGCACAGUCUCAAGCGGAUUGAAAACAGUAUGCUCAACUGUGUCCACCAGUAUACUCAUUGCCUCAUCUGAUAUAACAUCAGACAUCCAGGAAGAAAGCAUCAACAAAAGCAAGUUAAGACAAGUCUCCAAGUUCUAUGAUGGUGAUGAAUGUAUUGAUAUUCGCAAGACAUAUCACAACACGAUUAAGGAAGUAGUGCUUUUCCUUGUAUCAUCAGUUGCCUUCAGAGUAUUUGGAAUUAUGCUGAUAUUUCUGGACAUAGUUUUUGUGUCUAUAGAUCUACAUCUCGUUAAAAACCAACUUUAUAUUCCUCUGGAAUAUCGUUCGGUUUCUUUUGCUAUUGCUUUGUUUUUCCUCGUGGAUGUUCUUCUUCGAGUGUAUGUAGAAGGGAGACAACAGUAUUUUUCUGAUUUACUGAACACCCUAGAUGCCGUUGUUAUUGGUGUGACUGUAUUCAUUGCCUUCACUUACAUAUUUUAUGACAAGAAGUUUCUUGGAGAUAACCCAAGAUUGGCAGUUUUAUUCCGACCUCUGUGGCUUCUUAUUCUGGUAAGAAUUUUGCAACUGGCUCAUCAAAAAAGACACCUUGAAAAGCUGACUAGGCGGCUGGUGUCAGGAAACAAGAGACGAUACAAGAAAGAUGGGUUUGACCUGGACCUCACUUAUGUUACUGAACGUAUUAUUGCCAUGUCAUUUCCAUCGUCUGGAAGGCAGUCUUUCUAUAGAAAUCCAAUUAAGGAGGUUGUGCGGUUCCUUGACACGAAGCAUCCAAACCACUAUCAAGUCUACAAUCUAUGCAGUGAGAAUUCUUAUGACCCGAAGUACUUUCACUACAGGGUCCGCAGGAUCAUGAUUGAUGAUCAUAAUGUUCCCACCCUUGAGGAAAUGUUGUUGUUCUCCAAGGAAGUAAAUGACUGGAUGGCUCAACAUCCUGAAAAUGUUGUGGCGAUUCACUGUAAGGGAGGAAAAGGAAGAACAGGAACCAUGGUCUGUGCCUGCCUCAUUGCCAGUGAAAUAGUUUUAAAUGCAAAGGAAAGCCUUUACUUUUUUGGGGAGCGGCGAACAGAUAAAGCCAGCAGCUCUAAGUUUCAAGGCGUAGAGACCCCUUCUCAGAAUAGAUAUGUUAAAUAUUUUGAAAAACUGAAAAUUAGCUACCAGUGGACCCUCCCUGCAAGAAAAAUGCUCAUGAUAAAAAGAUUCAUUCUUUAUUCUAUUCAUGGUGUUGGAAAGGGUGAUGGGAGUGAUCUGGAAGUACAGGUAGUAAUGUGGCAAGAGACUGUAUUUUCCUGUUUUUCUUCCAAAAAUUGUAUGAUAUUUCAUGAUGUUGAAACAGACAGAGUAAUAAUUAAUGUAUUCAACUGUCCAGCUCUAUAUGAUGAUGUGAAAGUGAAAUUUCUCUCUCCGAAUCUCCCUAGCUACUAUGAUGACUGCCCUUUUUUCUUUUGGUUUCACACAGCUUUUAUACGAAAUAACAGGCUUUAUCUACCAAGACAUGAAUUGGAUAAUACUCAUAAAUCAAAAACAUGGAAAAUUUACAGUCCAAAGUUUGCAGUAGAGGUGUAUUUUGCUGAGCCAAUGCCCAGGGUUUUGUAG